CAAAAGGACCCUGAAGAAGUGGGGAAGGGUACUGCAUGUCAAACAGGGCACCAUAGGCCAUGCCUCUGCUAAAAUACAGUCGCCUGAUCUGGCUUGACACCUACUCCCCGGCAGACCCCUCAGUGCCUCCCAACCCUUUGACUCACCUGAGUCUGCGGGACAGAUCAGAGAUGCAGCUGCAGAGCGAAGCCGACAGGCGGAGCCUCCCGGGCACUUGGACCAGGUCAUCCCCAGAGCACGCCACCAUUCUGCGGGGAGGCGUGCGCAGGUGCCUGCAGCAACAGUGCGAACAGACUGUGCGGAUCCUGCACGCCAAGGUGGCCCAGAAAUCCUACGGAAAUGAGAAGCGGUUCUUCUGCCCCCCGCCCUGUGUCUACCUUGCGGGGCCCGGCUGGAGGGUGAAGCCGGGGCAGGACCAAGCUCACCAGGCGGGAGAGACCGGGCCGACGGUCUGUGGUUACAUGGGACUGGACAGCGCGUCCGGCAGCGCCGCGGAGACGCAGAAGCUGAAUUUCGAGCAGCAGCCGGACUCCAGAGAAUUCGGCUGCGCCAAGACCCUGUACGUCUCAGAUGCAGACAAGAGGAAGCACUUUCGGCUGGUGCUGAGGCUGGUGCUGCGCGGGGGCCUGGAGCUGGGCACCUUCCACAGCCGCCUCAUCAAGGUCAUCUCCAAGCCCUCGCAGAAGAAGCAGUCGCUGAAAAACACCGACCUGUGCAUAUCCUCCGGCUCAAAGGUCUCCCUCUUCAACCGCCUGCGAUCCCAGACGGUCUCUACACGCUACCUCUCUGUGCAGGACGGGGCCUUUGUGGCCAGUGCACGACAGUGGGCUGCCUUCACGCUCCACCUGGCUGAUGGGCACUCUUCCCCAGGAGACUUCCCACCGCGAGAGGGCUACGUUCGCUACGGCUCCCUGGUGCAGCUCGUCUGCACAGUCACCGGGAUCACAUUACCCCCCAUGAUCAUCCGUAAAGUAGCCAAGCAGUGUGCACUCCUAGAUGUGGAUGAGCCCAUCUCCCAGCUGCACAAGUGUGCAUUCCAGUUUCCAGGCAGUCCCCCAGGAGGGGGAGGUACCUACUUAUGCCUUGCCACAGAGAAGGUGGUACAAUUUCAGGCCUCUCCCUGCCCCAAGGAGGCGAACAGGGCUCUGCUGAACGACAGCUCUUGCUGGACCAUCAUCGGCACCGAGGCGGUGGAAUUCUCCUUCAGCACCAGCCUGGCGUGUACGCGGGAGCCGGUCACUCCGGUGCCCCUCAUCAGCACCCUCGAGCUGAGCGGCGGGGGCGACGUGGCCACGCUGGAGCUCCACGGAGACAACUUCCACGCGGGGCUCAAGGUGUGGUUUGGGGACGUGGAAGCAGAAACCAUGUACAGGAGCCCGCGGUCCCUGGUGUGCGUGGUGCCGGACGUGGCGGCCUUCGGUAGCGAUUGGCGCUGGCUGCGCGCUCCCAUCACAGUGCCCGUGAGCCUGGUGCGCGCCGACGGGCUCUUCUACCCUAGUGCCUUCUCCUUCACCUACACCCCGGAAUACAGCGCGCGGCCGGGUCCCCCCGGCACCCCCGAGCCCGCCACCGGCGCCGACGCGCUCCUGGAGAGCAUCCACCAGGAGUUCACGCGCACCAACUUCCACCUCUUCAUUCAGACUUAGGCGCGCCCAGGCGCCCUGGCUGCCCAUCGCGGAGGGCUGCGCCCACGCCAGGCGCAGGGAUGUGCUUCUGGGUCCUAGGCCCUGCUUCUUGCCCCUUUGCUGCAGAAGGGCAGCUGAAGGCUCACCCUAGAAACUGCGCCUGGUGGCUCUUACCCGGGUCACUCCCUCGUCCUUACACAUUCAGGAAGACACAACCUGAGUGGCGCGGUCUUGGUAUCCAUCGUGUGUGGCUCUUCCUGUCUUCAUCCCUUCGCGCUCUAUCUCUAAACCUCUCUCUCUCCCUUGCCCCAUAGUAACUUCAUCUAUAGAUCUAUUUGUGUGGUCCUGUCCCUCUGUCCUUUUCUCUCUCCAGCUCCCCCUGCCUCUCACACACAAUUUCACAUGCCCGGAGAAGCCAAGUCUGGAACAUUUACCCUCCAAGCAUCUGUGUCCGCUCUUGAAAAGAAAACACACAGCUUCACACACUCAGGCAUGGGGUGCAAGCUCUUGGGACGCCAGGACCCUGGAGCAUCAGGUUCUGCCUGGAAUAUUAGAUCCCCCUGGAGCACCGGGUCUCUCUGAGCACUGGGUCUCACCUGGGGCACCAGUUCCCACCUAGAGCACUGUGCCCUGCCCUGGAGCACAAAGACCUGCUCCUCCCUAGACUCUCUCUUACUGUAGCCAGGCAUAGCACUCUUGCCCGUGUUUGCUCCCUGGCCUACAGCUUUGGUGGCUGGGCAAGUGCUUGGGACAGUGAGGAGAUUUUGUCGCUUUAACUGUCCCCUAGUCACUUCUUUCACAGACCCAGCUGUCCUGAAGAUCAGGGGUUAAAAUCAACCCCUAUCCAAGGCAGAGUUCGGUGUAUGAGUCACCUCCCCAAGUGUGCCUCCCGCCAUCCUCACACCCACAUACCAAAAAGAGGACCUGCACAGAAAACAAAGAACCACAAGUCUGAUGGAGCAGAGAGGCUGCCUUUUUUACCUUUUCUGGAGGAGGAACUGGAUUCAGAGGCAGCUGGCAUCCUGAGUUCUUGUCCCUGUCCUGGGGAUGUUACCCUACUAUCUCUCCAUCCCAAGCAAGGAUGCAGCCCAGGCCCAGAGGCGACCACAGGACCCUUCAAAACCAAGUUUUCCCAGGAUAGCCCUGGACAGAACUCCUGGGAUUGACUAGGCAGUAAUGUAGCUGAGAGAGGGGCCUCUCAGCAUGGGGCUGAUGGACAGAAUCACAAUCUAUUCCUCACCAGCCUACCCACCGUCUACCUAGUCUGUGCUUUAUAGGGAAGAAGAAGAAAAAAAGGCAGAACACUGGCUUGGGCUAUUGGAAUCAAGGACACAGAUAGGUAUCACGGGUGCCAGCCACCUGUACCAGCCUCUGGUGGUGCCUGAUGGGAAAACUGGUCUGAAAGGUGGGUUCCAGGUUCUAACCCUCUGGAGAAGAGCUUGACCUCCUAAGAAAGAGUUCAUUUCCUGUAAAACUCCUCCCCCAGAAUAUGGAAAGUCCCAUGAGAAAGAAGAAACUAACAAUACCCAGAGAAGAGGAAAUGCGGUAUACUCUUUAGGCUUCCCAAAGUCUUGAUUAAGUCCUGUCAUCUGCCAUCAUCAUCAGGCUGCAAUCCACUGUGAAGAGUGAGGAAGAAGCCUGUGGCCCCUGAAUGUGAAUCUUGGCUCAGGAAUGCAGGGAAUGAGUUGAAUGGGAAAUGUCCCUGAAAUGAGUGCGGUCCAUGGCAGUGUUGAAGCAGACAGCCACGUGGUCAUAGUAUACCACAUGGGGAACUGGGGCUCAGGCGCUCAUCAUCCAGCCCUGCCCCUAAAGUCUUCCUCCACCGCUCGCCAAAGCAGGAGUCUCAGAAGCCAAUAAUCUAAGUUGGACCAAAAGCCCAGGACCAGCCACAGAGCUGUUAGUCCUCACCCCUCCCAGGGGAUCCUGUAGUGUCACCAAGAUAUGCAUCUGGAAGUCUGUGACCAAAGCUCCAGCCCUGGCCUCCCUUCUGAGUUGCAGCUGCUGAAGCUGUCCUUGGCGGCUUCCUUGCACUGAGCCUCAAGCCAUUUAACAUCAAAGCCCUUUCCCUCUCCACCUGCCUUGCAGCACCAGUUCUAGCUCCUUCCCCCGCACCACCUGGCCACCCAGGCCUGAGGACCCCACCUCCCCUUCCGCAUUACAAUAAGUGUCCUGUUUUCCUCUCCCUCCAGCUCUGCCCUGCCAGGUCUACGUCUUCUCUUCCAAAAUUUCCCAAACUACUCCAGGUAGAACCAGCUAUAUAAUUUGUGGGGCCCAGUGUGAAAUCGUCCUUUGUUCAAAAAUUAUUAAGAAUUUCAAUUUGACUGAACACAGGAUCU